CUCGAGAGAGUCUCUCGGGAGACUGGACUAGCCACACUUUGUGGUGAACCAGUAUAAAUCUUGGUGUGCUCCCUUUACUCCUUUUUAUUCCGCUCUUUACUUUAUCCCUGCGAUUUUUAUUCUGCGAAAAUUUAUAAACAUUCUCGUGCCUCACUAUUCACCCCCCCUCUCUAGUGAAGGGCACCUAUUCUAACAAAUUCCCCAACAGUGGUAUCAGAGCCAAGGUUCACGGAGGUAGAGAUACGGGUAGAGUGGGCUUGAAAGAUCUCGUGUUGGAGUGAUGGCAGCAAGAGUGCCGAAGAUGUUCGAGAUUCCACUCUUUGAUGGGAAAACAAACUUUACGUUGUGGCAGAGUACGAUUCAAGACCUAUUAGUGCAGCAAGGUCUUGAUCAAGCACUAGAGGAGGAGAAGCCUACCUCCAUGAGUGAGAGAGAGUGGAGUAAAAUUCAGAGGAGAGCUAUUAAUACUAUCCGGUUGGCACUUGCUCCCGAGAUUAAGUUUAGCGUGUUGAAGGAGACCACACCAAAGGCAUUGUGGGAUAAGCUCGAGAGCAUUUAUGCGUCAAAGUCGUUGACGAACCGGUUGUGUUUGAAGAUGGAGUUGUACUCGCUCAAGAUGGAAGAAGGAGGUAAUCUUCAUGACCACAUCAACAUGUUUAAUCAACUAGUAUGCCAAUUGAUGAAUGCUGAUGACAAGAUUAAAGACGAGGAGCAAGCGUUGUUGUUAGUGUCAUUACCGAAGUCCUACAAGCCAUUGGUGGAGACGUUACUUGUAGGAAAAACAACUCUCACGGUUGAUGAGGUGACUACUGCUUUACGUGAGAGUGAGAGGAUGAUGAGGAAUGACACUAACAACACAGGAGGUGAUCGCAUACUAGUUGCAAGAGAGCGUGGUCUAUGGAGGAACUCACCAAGGAUGCAUGAUGAUCCUAGAGAGAGAUCAAAGUCAAAGGUGCAUCGAGAUCUAAGUGAUGUGGAAUGCUACUAUUGUAGAGAGAAGGGUCACAUGCAAGUAAGAUGUCCUCAAAUGAGGGAGGACUUGAAGAAUCUGAAAGAUACGUCACAAAGGAAGAGUGAUGGUGACUCCCACAGGAAUGUGGUCAGUGAUGCUGAUGAUGGAGAUUUGUAGUUGGCAAUGGGCGAAGAGGUUGCUAAGUCUGAGUGGGUGAUGGAUAGUGCUACCUCGAUGCAUAUAUGUAGAGACCAAGAUUUGUUCGACACCUUGAAGAUUGAUGGAGAAUUUGGUCACUUCAACUUCGCUAAUGGUGAGAGGUCGAAGGUCGAAGGUAUUGGAAGCGUGAGGAUGAAGCUUCACAAUGGUUCAAUCAUAAUGUGAGGUACAUGCCUACUAGCAAUACUAAUGUCAUAU